GUCUACAGAAAUUACUCAGCUAACAUGCUUCUUUUUUGUCCAACCUGCGGAAACGUUUUAAUCGUCGAGGAAGGACAGAAGUGCAUGAGGUUCGCCUGUAACACCUGUCCGUAUGUACACAACAUCACGAGGAAGGUGAAUAACAGAAAGUAUCCCAAGCUGAAAGAGGUGGAUGAUGUGCUUGGUGGCGCAGCAGCUUGGGAAAACGUCGACUCAACUCCUGAAACUUGUCCCAAGUGUGAGCACCCUCGGGCCUAUUUCAUGCAGAUUCAGACCAGGUCAGCUGAUGAGCCGAUGACUACUUUCUACAAAUGCUGCAAUGCCCAGUGUGGACACCGAUGGAGAGACUGAAACCCACGCACUUUGAAACCUUUGACGUGUUUAACGCCCAUGUGGCGCACGUCACGUCCCUCAUGACUUGCUCCUCUUUUGAGCCCAUAUUGACUGACAGCAGCCUCUGGUCAUUGUAUGAAUUCUUCUGCUGAUUUCCAGUUUGUGCAGCUUCUGUUCUGUGAGUAGACUGAGCUGGGAGAAAAAAAAUACUUCAAAUAUUGUUUUUGAUAUUUAUAUCCAACAUUCACUUUCCUGACAGAGUUCAUUUUCCACAUAAAAUAAAAAUAAGUUUCAAUAAA